UAAGAAACGCGUACAAUGUGUUUGUGUGUGUGUGUGUGUGUGUGUGUAUAAUAAGUAUAGUGUGUUUCAGGUUGGUCAUGUUACCACACCUGGUGCCAAAGCGCGCAACAGGCGCGCAAGUUUAGACUUUAGAGGUCUUGAUAUUUGUUGCGUGCGUGACCGAGUGCAUGUUCUGAAUUGAAUUUCGUUUUCUAUCGAUAUAGAUAUAAUUAAAUAACUUGAAGCACUAGAUAUUCUCGAUUCCAAGAAAUACACUUGCUAGUUCACUUUCAUUGUUCUCAUUCGUCUGGAUUUUUCACAGAAUAACGUGAAAAUAGCUUGAAUUCGAGGUUAUGCCGGCAUAGUUUUGCUUGUCGAGCCUGUAUUGUAACUAGAGGUAAAAGGAUUGCCGUAAAGAUCAAGAAAAAUGGAGGAAGCAAUGACAACUCAACCAACUUUCAAGUUGAAUUUUGCCAAGCAAAUCCAGUGUGUGGAAUGGUCUCCAUAUGAGUGGUCCCAGCAUCUGAUUUGCAUCGCCUUGGGAGAAGAAAUCAUUGUUGCAACCAUCAAAUUUCAGGAAGAUGAUGAUGUUGUAGAAGAUAUUAUUUAUAAUGCUCUUCGUACUUUUCACCAUGAAACAAGAGUACAUGCAAUCACUUGGAGUCCUGAGACAUCACUCAGCGUUGUACCUAAAAUAGUAUCCUUCUGUGUGGCUGGUGCUGACUUUAAAAUAAGAUUGUAUAAUAGUGAUUUGAGCGAGAGUAAUAUAUUUGAGGUAUUGGAAGGUCAUAAAGAUUAUACAAAUGAUAUUUGUUAUGAUCCUGAUGGUGAAUUACUUGCCUCUGUUUCUGAUGAUCAUACAUGUAAACUUUGGGCUAUUAAAGAGGAUCAAAAAUGCAUUUUAACAUUUCCACUAACUGCUCCAGGAAUGACUGUGCGAUGGCACACUGAAGAAACUGGAAAACUUUUGGUUGCUGAAAAAAAUGGCAUUAUUCGCAUGUACAAUGUCAGAAGUCAGCAAGCAAUUAUGUCAGUAGAUGCUGGUACUAUUCCAUUAUUGACUGCUGAUUGGAGUCCAAAUCCUUUGAAAGUUGCUUGCAUUUCUUCAGGAGAGCUUAUUUUAUGGGAUAUGUCAAGGCCAAGCCGGCCACUGGAAAAACGGACUCUUCACGUCGAAGGUGGUCUGAUCAUGAAGUUUUCUCCUUCGAAUGAGAACCUUGUAGCAAGUAUAGGACGACCUGAUAAUAUUUUAAAAGUUGUAAAUUUAAAAUCUAAACCACUAGUUUUGUGUGGACGUGUUAGAUUACUUGGUGGAUUGACCUGGCAUCAAAGAAUUCAAAUUGUUUGCGCAGGCAGUGAUAGACAACUAUUAUUUUGGAAAGUUAAUAAUAAAUAAGUAGUUUAUUAAUAAAAAGUAACAAAAUUAUAAAAAUAAA